AUGUCAAGAGAGGCGUGCUGCUUACUCUUCACAUCACUACUCAUAUUAUCCCUGCACGUUUCUACCUUUGCUCAAAAUGUGGUCCAAUUAAGCCCUUACUGCAACAAUCAAACAGAAGUCAAUGAAUCAUGUGUGACACUGAAUACAAUGCUAAGCAUAAGCAAUCUCACUUCAAACACAACACUUUCCCUUCAACCUGGAGAACACGUAAUCAGUCACUAUUCUUGGGUUAUUGACCUCACUGAUUUGAGCAUCAUUGGUAAUUCUAGCGAUCCCUCUAAUGUGGUAAUACAAUGCGACCCUUCAUUUGGCCUAAUAUUCAUGAGCAUUGAGAGGCUGACAUUUAGAGGGCUUACUCUUCGUGGCUGUGGUUUCAACGGGACAGAAAAUGUCAACGCUACGUUGUCCUAUAUUGAAAGAUUCAUUGUUUUGUUUUAUGAUCCCCUUGGUGAUUUCUCAACUGGACUCUUUAUGGCUCAUAUUACUGAUCUGACAAUGGAAGACAUGGUUGUGGAUCGCAAUAAAGGGUUUGGAGUUGUGGGAAUAAACAUUGUUGGCAAGUCGAGGAUUUCUAACGUCAACUUUACACGAAACAGACCAAUUGAGUGCGUUUUGGAGGUGGAACAAACCUCUUCUCCUGGAGGAUCUGGAGGUGCCAUGUACCUACUUUAUCAGGACUAUAUAGCUGAUUUGGAGAAUUUCACUCGCAUCAACGACACAUACAACCUUCUCCUUGAAAAUAUACAGGUCCGUGAGAACUACAACUGUCGUAUCGAUCUAUUUUCAUAUCAGCACAACCUGCUAUCGAGAAGCUUAGAGCCGAGAUUGAUUCAAAACGUUUCCUUUAUUGGAGCUGGUGGGAUAACCAUCUCUCUUGCUCAGAGCUCUUACACUGUGUAUGCAAAUGUAACUGAUUCCUUGUUCAGUAACAACUUUGGAACAUAUCAUGGCUCUGCACUUGAAGUUUCACAUUUCGAAUUGACAUCUGAUAGCCAUAUUUACAUUACCAAUACUAACUUCUUAGACAAUGGAAUAAUUUUGGAAGUUUUGGAUGGUCCUCUACAGACAAACGUUUCGAACCCUGCCGGAGCUCUUAUUGCUGCUUUUUACCUGCCAGUUCCCUCUAAUUCUGCCUACAGUGAUACCUUAUUGAGUACGAUCAUUUCACAACUCGAAAGCUCCGUGGAUGUUCUUAACUGUACUUUCCAGCAAAACAUCGCCCAAAGUGGUUCCGGUAUUCAGGUGUUUUCACUAGGACCAACUGUCGCCGGUAUCCAAGACAGAAUGACUAUUCAAGACUGCCACUUUGAAAACAACAUGGGAGAUUAUGGCAGUGCAGUGUUUGUCACCGAGAUUAGCUAUAGUGCCUUUGAGCCUGGCCUAAGGGUUAUUUUUGAUUCGAUAACAGCUGUAGGAAAUCAAAGGAUACCUACAUUCUCUGUUCAAUCCAGUACCACUGGUGUCAUCGAUAUAAAUUUCAUCAAUGUUACUCUUAAUGGAACAAAUCGGUUUUACUCAAACAAACAAACUGCGAUCUCUGUAUACAGUGGCAUUUUAGUUAUUUCAGGUUCCACCAACUUCAGUGAGAAUGUAGGUAUAAAUGGAGGUGCUUUAAGUCUCGACGCUGAGUCCUAUUUGGUACUAGCUGGAGAUAGAGCAGAUGUGCGAUUCACUGAAAAUACGGCACAAGUGAAUGGUGGAGGCAUAUACGUUAACUUUGACACCAUACGUGCAAAUGACUAUGACUGUUUUCUGUUUAUCGAUGAUGUAGAUAUCUUUUGUAAUGUUCAGAACAAGUGCCCCGACCCAGAAGGCCGUUAUAGCUUGACAUUCAUUAACAACCGUGCCCAGUUUGGAUCGGCCAUUUAUGGGUCCUCAUUCUCCAGAUGCCCUUGGAAUGUUAACAAUAGUGGGUUAGUGCACCUUGCUCUCAGUGAUAGCAUUACCAACGUCUCUAAUUCUUUACUCCCAAUAAUUUUCGAUCCACCUUUCACAACUGGAAACACCAUAAAUACCGUAGCUGAGCAUAUCGUCGAGUAUAACAACACCGAUGACAAAACUAUCAACUUAUAUCCGGGUCAGAACUUCACACUAUCUCUCGGAAGCUUUGACAAACUAAACCAAUCCGUUCCUCUCACAGUUCUCUCACAACUUCAAACAAUCACAGAAAACGAUGCUGCUCACUCGCAGAUUGGUGGAAGCGAUAGAUAUCUUUUAGCAGGUGGUGGGGAUAAAACUUUCACAACUGUUCCUCUUAUUGUUUUUGCAGAGCAAAACACGUCAUACGAUAUGACCAUAACUUCUGCUGAAGAACAUGUAGAAAAUUUCACAGCUAGAGUGUUUCUGCGUUUUUGCCCAGGUGGGUUCAAUUUCAAUAACAUAACUCACGGCUGUGACUGUAAUGUGACAGAUCUUGAACAGGUAGAAUGCAAUGAAGAUGGCACACUGUCAUACCGUGUUGACUACUGGCUUGGAAUGGAUGAAGUGUUUGGUUACAUUCAGAAACAGUGCAUUUUUGAUUAUUGUACCCCUGGACAUUCUAUAUUGGAUCUAUCAGAAUCGGAUUCUCAAUGUAGGAACAACCGAGCCGGGAUUUUGUGUGGAGGGUGUGCAGAAAAUUUUAGUCGAAAGAUAGGAACAUCAUCAUGUGAUAAAUGCGACAGCUACAUUAGCUUAUUGUGGAUUCUUUUUUUUGCGAUAUUAGGAAUUGGUUUAUUUGCUUAUCUAGCAGUGUUGAAUGUGACCAUAACAGAUGGCUUCAUUAAUGGUUUCAUCUUCUACAGCAACAUAUGUAGUGUGUAUCUCACUUCUUUUUCCCCAAGUUUACCCAAUGAUGCUCGCCAAGUACCCGAGAAGAUUAUCGCAUUUCUUAAUCUUGAUUUUGGAAUUGCUAUCUGCUUUUAUCCUGAAAUGACUGAGCUUGCUUUAGCUGGUCUAAGGUUCAUAUUCCCAGUGUACCUGCUACUGCUUCUACUGAUUUUCUUUCUGUUUGCAAAAUACAUUUCUAAUCAGAAAGUGGCAAACUUCUGUCAAAAGAUCAAUGUUACCCACAUCUUUGCUACAUUGAUCUUACUCUCUUAUACCAGCCUAAUCCAAAAUAGCUUGUUGACGACCUGUGUUGAAUGCAACAAGUGAACAAUCUCUCAAUAA